AUGAGUAAGUUUGGAGACAUAUCAGUAUGUGUGGGAUGCCAGGAAGAAUUUUAUAAAGCAGAAAUGAUCGAAGGAAGAGACCACGUACCCUACUGUGAGGAUUGUUUUAAAAGUGUUUAUUGUGCAGCUUCGGGAGAUUCACAAUCAAGAGAAUCUGAUUUAUGUGAGAAACUUAUUCCAUAUCCAGAAAUAUAUACGGAUGCAAGGAAAAAAAUAAAUAUAGGUUAUAGUAAUUCAAGCACUACUUCUUUAUCAAAAAGACCAAUCCAGUGCCCAAAAGCCAACUGCAACAAAUUCGUAUCUCUAUUUACUUUGGGCUCUCAUUUUAAGUACGAACACAAGGAAGUGCCUAUUAUACUGACACAAUUGGAUGCCCGCAGCGCUCUAGAAUUUUAUCCCAGAGACAUCGCAUACAACGUAACAAAAUGCAUUGUUCUGCUGAACGUUAUCAAUUACGAUUUUUCUAAUAUUAUUCAAAUAAGUCAUACCAGUUCCACAACGAUACAAAGUUUAGAUUCAGGACCACUUAUGGUAUUGCAAGCUAUAAAAAUUUCAACUGAUGAUUUAAAUGAAUCUGAAGACGAUCUACUAUCAACUUCGGACGUUGGCAAUAUAGAGUCGGAUUCAUCGGUUACUUUCGUCGAAGAUGGUCAUGAAUUAGGUCUACGACACAAUGAAAAAAUUUUGAUUUGGUUAGCAUCGAACGUAUAUACAAGUUUAAGUUAUACAGUUGCAGCAUCCACUCUUUCGAACAAGAUUAGACAGAAGUAUUAUGGCCCACUGCUAACUCUUGGUGACACUGCGGCUGAUCUUUGUAGAAAUGGAACAUGUUUAGUCCUUACCUACUACCAUGUACGUGUUAUGUCAGAAAAUGGAAGUAAACCGUUGUCUUUAGAUAUUGUUAUUCACAGCCCUGAUUAA